AUGCCUCACAUACCGCCGACCAUUGAGCUUCUUGAGCAUGCACAACUUCAGUAUAGAAGGAAGGAGUAUGUCCAAGCCCUAGACCUCCUCGAUCUGGCCAUCAAGCAUGAACCAUCGCCAUCGGUGAAGUUACUCGACACACGCGCAGCAGUCCAUGAAAAGCUCGGCGAUCACAAGCUCACACUGAAAGAUGCUCGGACCUGCAUUCGUGUCUUCGAAAAAGAUCCUACUGGCUAUCUGAGAGCAGGCAAAGUGCUUCAGAUUAUGCAAAAGACUGAUGUCGCUCUGAGCAUCUACAAACAUGGCAUCAGCAAGAAGGUCAAGAAUGUUGAGCUGCUUCAAAAAAUGCAUAACAAGCUUCUGUUGUCUCUCGCUCCCGACAAAGCCGCAGAUCCAUUUGCUCAGCUACCUAUCGAAAUCGUCGAGAUGAUUCUGUCGUAUCUCAACUUUCGACAGAUUGUAUACUGCACUCGUGUAUCGAAGCAGUGGAACGUCUUUAUCAACAGCUUGCCUGGUCUCUGGAUGAAUCUGGACUUCUCGGAAGCCAAGAAGCCUGUCAGAUCUGCUUUCUUGAGUCGUUGCAUCAACACGUCCAGACAUAAAAUCAUCUCCGCCACCUUGAACCAUGUGAAGGACAUGGAAAAGGUCAUCAAAGCCCUAGCUCGAAGCUGUCCGGAGUUUAAUUCGCUCCGUAUCGUCGAUGGCGGGUUACANGGAGAGAGUCUUGUCCACAACCUCAAGUCGGCCACCAAACUGAAAAAGCUUACGCUUGGUCCCUCUGCUAGUAUAUCGUCUUUGACGCUUCCCAGUCUUCUUCUGGGCUGUGAGAAUCUCGAAGAGUUCGAAUGUCGAGCAAUCAUACCUGGUAGCCUGAACCUGCACUGGAAGGGCGAGUUUCCCAAGCUUCGUCGUCUGAAGUUGAUGAGGAAUUCUCAGUCACCCAAUCGCUCAAUGCACAUUCUUCGAAUUGCUACGCUCCUAACGCUAAUGCCAAACCUGCAAUCUCUCUCGCUCAACAACUGGGCGACACCUUAUGAUAUCCUAUCCCUCAAAGAAACAGCCAAGCAGCUGAUCGAGUUGGAUAUAAUAUCCAAUUUGUCUUCCGGUCCGGUCCCUUUCCCAUUCCGUGAUCUUCCACCGACUCUUCGCGUACUGCGCCUUGAUCUUGACAGGCCACUUAGCAGUGUUGUUCUGCUGAGCCCUAAAAACUUCUUCCUGCCUAAUCUUAAGGAACUUGUCUGUUGCGGUGCAGACAUGGCCAGUCUCUUUCUGUCCGACCCUGAACUGAUCUCAAAAUAUCCAGACCCUGCAGAUAACAGGUUUCUCAAGCAUUCCAACCUGUCCAGACUUCACAAGCUACAUGUGCAGUGUACAGGCGCAGCUCAGUCGGUCACCUCGCUUCUCGCUCUUCCUCGUCUAGAACGUUUGCGUAGUCUACAUUUGACCCACAACUCCGACGUCGGCGAUGAGGUUGCAAAGCACAUUUCUACCAACAUGAAGCAGUUACAAGAUAUAGAUCUGUCCUCAACGAUGAUCACAGGUGGCGGCGUGCGUGUACUUGUGGAUGGUCUCAAGCCAUCACUAAGGAUACUCAAGUUCGUAAAUGUCUGGCAUUGCAGUCCAGAUGCACCAGAAUGGGCGCGAGAACAGGGUAUACGGGUUGAAUAUUCGCAGAAUGCCGAUGUGAAACCAAAGGGACGCAAGAUUCGGUUCGAAUGA